CCGGAUGGACGAACGCUCACGAGACAAGAAGGAACGUGGCGAACUAGGAGAGCAUUCGAAGGAAACGGACGGACGGAGGCGGAUCAGAGGAGAGGAUCAGCGACGAAAUUCAAAAGUGCAGGCAAUCGCUCAAGACGUGUCAAGCAAUCGCUCAAGCGUAUGACAACGGCAAAAACUCGCAACAACGUUCCACCCACAUAG